UCAUCUGCCUCCGCCAUUGCCAGCUCUUCUCUCUCUCUCUCUCUCAACGGUUUUCCUUUUCCAUUUGCUUCUAUUACUAUCCGUCUCUUUAGCGUCCACUAUUACCGUUUUAAACUCAGUCUUCUGAUUUUAGCUUUCUGAAACUGAAACGACUUGAAGGUAGAGGCUGUGUGUGGAUUAGAGUUCUGGUAGCUCGAAGGACACCGACAUGGAUUUCUCGUCGUUUUUGACCUCACUUGCCACUUCAUUUAUCAUUUUUGUCGUUUUGAUGCUCCUCUUUGCUUGGCUCUCGGCCAAGCCCGGUAAUAAUGUCGUUUACUACCCAAAUCGGAUCCUUAAGGGGAUGGACCCGUUCGAAGGAAGCUCCUUGACCCGGAAUCCUUUUGCUUGGAUCAAAGAGGCCUUGUCGUCGUCGGAGGAGAACGUUAUCGCCAUGUCCGGGGUCGAUACUGCCGUUUAUUUUGUGUUUCUCAGCACGGUGUUGGGCAUGCUAGUUUUGUCUGGCCUCUUACUGCUACCUGUUCUGCUGCCUGUUGCUGCUACUGAUAACGGAGUGGAGGUUAAUGCACAUGCAACCACAAGCAAUGGCACUUUCAAUCAGCUUGACAAGUUAUCUAUGGGAAAUAUCACAGAAAAGAGUCCAAGAUUGUGGGCUUUUUUUAUUGCCACCUAUUGGGUAUCAAUCGUUACAAUAUAUCUAUUAUGGAAGGCAUACAAACAUGUGUCGUGGCUGCGAUCUGAAGCUCUUAGGUCUCCUGAAGUGAGGUCUCAACAGUUUGCUGUAGUUGUCAGAGACAUACCCCCGCCUCCUCAGGGCCAGACUAGGAAGGAACAGGUUGACUCAUACUUCAAAGCCAUCUAUCCUGACACGUUUUACAGAUCCAUGGUUGUCACGGACAACAAACAGGUGAGCAAAAUAUACGAAGAGUUAGAAGGAUAUAAGAAGAAGCUUGAACGUGCUGAAGCAGUAUAUGCAGCAUCAAAAACAACAGCCAAACCAGAAGGAACAAGACCCACAAAUAGAACUGGUUUUCUUGGUCUUAUUGGUAAGAAAGUGGACAGCAUAGACUACUACAAUGAGAAAAUCAGCGAAAUGAUCCCAAAGCUAGAAUCUGAGCAAAAGGUCACGCUCAGAGAAAAGCAAUUAAAUGCUGCUAUUGUUUUCUUCACCAACAGAGUGACUGCAUCUUCUGCAGCUCAGAGUUUACAUGCACAGAUGGUUGACACAUGGACAGUUUUUGAUUCUCCCGAACCAGGCCAACUUAUAUGGACUAAUUUGAAAAUCAGGUUUUUUGAAAGAGAAGUGAGGCAAUAUGUGGUGUACGUCAUUGUGGCAUUGACUAUAUUCUUCUACAUCAUUCCAAUUACAUUCAUUUCUGCAUUGACCACUCUGAAGAACCUGGUGAUGAUACUGCCAUUUUUAAAGCCGGUUGUGAAGAUAGCAAUUAUUAAGACAGUUUUGGAAGCAUACCUUCCUCAGAUUGCACUGAUAAUAUUCCUGGCUUUGUUGCCGAAGUUUCUCUAUUUUCUGUCAAAAUUGGAAGGGAUUCCAACUGAAAGUCAUUUGGUUAGGGCAGCUUCAGGGAAAUACUUUUAUUUUACAGUGCUGAAUGUUUUCAUUGGAGUUACUAUUGGAGGAACCUUGUUCAGAACAUUCAAGACAAUUGAGAAGAACCCAAACAAGAUUGUGGAAUUGCUUGCUAGUAAUCUUCCUGACAAUGCCACUUUCUUUUUGACCUAUGUGGCUCUCAAGUUUUUUGUUGGCUAUGGACUGGAACUGUCACGUAUAGUUCCUCUGAUAAUUUUCCAUAUCAAGAGGAAGUUUCUGUGUAAAACUGAAGCAGAGUUGAAGGCAGCAUGGUUUCCAGGAGAUCUUGGCUAUGGAACCAGAGUUCCUGCCGACAUGCUAAUUGUGACAAUCGUUCUCUGUUACUCUGUUAUUGCUCCUCUGAUCAUCCCUUUUGGUGUUGUGUACUUUGGCCUUGGAUGGCUUAUACUACGAAAUCAGGCACUAAAAGUGUAUGUUCCUGCAUAUGAAAGCUACGGAAGAAUGUGGCCUCACAUUCACAACCGCAUAUUGGCCUCUUUGAUACUAUACCAACUUACCAUGCUGGGCUACUUUGGAGUCCAUAAAUUUUAUUAUACGCCAUUGUUAAUCCCUCUUCCUUUACUGUCUAUACUCUUUGGCUUUGUCUGUGCCAAGAAAUUCUACCCGGCUUUUCAGAAGCCCGCGCUCGAGGCUGCUGCCCAUCAUCUCAAAGAAGUUCCCAACAUGGAACUCAUUUUUAGAUCAUUCGUUCCUCCAUGCUUGAGUUCUGACAAGGUGGACGAUGACCAGUUUGAGGAUGCUCUGUCUCAUGUCUCGAGGAAUGCAUCGUUUGCUUGAUGUAAUUAUUUACUUGUUGAUUGUAGUGCUGUGUUUUUUCCCCUCUUCUGUGCAAAGUUAACUGUAGUAUUGUUGUGAAUAGUACUUUGAUAUUUUGAAUAUUGGUGAGAGUAAUAAUAGUAGGCUUUAGGUGUGUUGUGAGAUCGGUUGUGCCUCAUAGAAUCACACCAUUUGUAUUCCAAGUGUCUGUCAAUCUUGUAAAAUGUGAAUAGACAAAUAGAAUGAACUUUUACUGCCUUUUGUGUAAUUCCUCUCUCACUGAGUUCAGAUCCUUGUGAGUAAUGUUUCUCCAUUUUAAAUUCUAUUUGGUUUAA